CACGCCUCAUUCCGCGAUGUGACGUUGUACGGGAACAUGGCGCUUUGGAGGAGAGGUGUUUCAUGAUAGUCAGGGCUAUUGAUUAAUUUCCCUUAGCUAUGUUCAUUUAAAUAACAUUAAGGUAGACACACCGAAUAUGAUCGGUCGUCAAAGGUGAUCGCUCCUUUUGUCUCCAUGGGCAACGGGACACUCCAUCUCGUAGCGGUGUUUGCUGUCGUCAGCUAAAACACUUAGCCUUGACAUGCUAGCUGAAGCUAGUUAGCUGGCUAACAGUGAGUCGCUAACGUUAAACAGACAGAAAAUAUGCGUGUUUGUGUAGCCUACACUGGGGUUAAAUGAUUAAAACACUUCAUUUAGUAUCAAACCAGCCAUUUACUGUUUAGGACGACGAUUCCAAUUAGCUAGCAUUUUGUUAGCUAAGCUAGGAGGAUGAAGAGCCGCCAUGGAUGUGUUUUGUUGCUGGCCACUGGGAUUUUUCUGUCGGCGUUGUGUCUGUCUGAAGGUGCUCCUCUUCUGUAUCCUCACAAAUCAGGUGGAAGUACAGGGGACACGUUGUCCGUGUCUCUCUACCUGUCCCUGGUGGUGUCGCUGACGGCGCUUGUGGCCUUGGUGGUGUUGCUAGUGAACUGCGUGACCUGCUGCAAGGAAAGGGAGAUCAACUUCAAGGAGUUUGAGGACCACUUUGAUGAUGAGAUUGACUUUACUCCACCGGCAGAGGACACGCCCUCUAUGCAGUCCCCAGCUGAGGUGUACACCCUCGCUGUGUCUCCUGUGGCCCUGCCUGGACCCCCACACCUCCAACCUCCCUCCCUCAUCGCAGAGGGAUCCACAGGUUUCCAGGUAGCACGCCACAGCUUGAGUUACAUCCAAGAGAUUGGAAAUGGCUGGUUUGGCCAGGUCCUUCUGAGUGAGAUCUACACAGAUCCAGGUGGAGCCAGAGUGGUGGUGAAGGAGUUAAAAGCUAAUGCAAGUGCCAAGGAGCAGAAUGACUUCUUGCAGCAAGGGGAUCCGUACAGAGUGCUGCAGCACCCAAACAUCCUCCAAUGCCUGGGACAGUGCGUUGAGGCCAUUCCCUUCUUGCUUGUCUUUGAGUACUGUGAAAUGGGGGAUUUGCGGGGCUAUCUGUCUCAGCAGGAUUGGAUGUUCAGAAACGCUGAGUUGCUGCAGCUGCAGAGGAUGGCCUGUGAAAUUGCUGCUGGUGUCACUCACCUUCACAAACACAACUUCCUGCACAGUGAUUUAGCUCUGAGGAACUGCUACCUGACUGCAGAUCUUACAGUCAAAGUAGGAGACUAUGGAAUUGGACCCUACAGAUACAAAGAGGAUUACAUCAUCACAGAGGAUGAUGUGUUCGCACCUCUUCGCUGGUUGGCUCCUGAGCUGGUAGGCGAGCGCCAUGGGGGUGUGAUUACUAUGGAGCAGACUAAGCCCAGCAAUGUGUGGGCCUUGGGGGUCACAUUGUGGGAGCUCUUUGAGAAUUCUGCACAGCCGUACCCACAUCUGUCUGACCGGGAGGUCCUCAAUCAUGUGAUCAAGGAUCAGCAAGUCAGACUCUUUAAACCACAACUAGAGCUUCCUUAUUCUGACAGAUGGUACGAGGUCCUGCAGUUCUGCUGGCUGUCUCCAGACAAGCGGGCUACAGCAGAGGAAGUGCACCGUUUGCUUAUCUACCUGCGCAUGCAAGGACAGAAGGACAUAGAAGAAGAUUUUGAGCAACGGUGGGAUGCUCUCAAGCCUAACCCUUCCGCACGGCAGACCACUGUUAGCCACUCCUCUUUCCCAAUCUUGGAACAGUUUGCUGAUGAUGCCCUGCGACAAGAGAUCGAUGAAGUUCUUACUGUUACCGAAACGAGCAAAGGUCUCAGCUUUGAGUAUGUUUGGGAGGCAGCCAAGCACGACCACUAUGAUGGCAACCAUGGACGUUCAAGCAUGGACACAACUUUGAAUUAUCACAGCAUGUUUUUUCCUGUUUCCAGUGAAGACAUCCAGGCUCAUUUCCCUGAUCCUGUAGGCAGAGUACCAGGCAAAGAAAGCGGUAACACUCCAUCAGGAAUUCCUGGGAUUGUACCAGUGUUUGAUGCACAAAAGCCAUGUAAUGGAAAUGAAUAUUACAUACAAUUGGAAGAACAAGGGGAGAGCACUGUUGGGGACGAUGGGGACAGAGGGCAAGACAUGGACUUCAGUUCAGGCCGGCAAGACUUUGUCAUUCUCCAAGAUGUCCGUCUGGAUGAGUCUAGUACCGAUGCUGAUUUUUUCCACCAAAGUAUUGACUCCAAGGAUUCCUAUUUACCAGACAGCCACAUCUGGUCUUCUCUUGAAAAUGACAGUCCAUACCACACCAACAUUUUCACUGAAGGGGGGUCCAAGCAAGAGGACUCUCCUUCCUGGAGGAAGAGUUUCAUGGAGCUUCCAGAGCGCAAUGGGAACCCUUUCCAUGAAGGUGCACCUUUAGAAGUUGAGGAGGUGGAUACAGAUAAAAGCUAUGGGGAUUCUUUUUUAGGGGAUUGUUCAGAAGCUCCUCACCUAGUGGAUUUUGUGGAAGUGGAGGGGGAAAACACAGAUGUGAAGAGGCUUCUGAACAACGAAAAACUAGCUGACAACUUCAAGUUUCUCAAAGACCAGAGCCUGAUGAAAGACGAAUCUAGAUUCUCAAGUCCACAGGAUAAUUUUCUUUUACCUGGUGUAGCCCACGAACCAGAAGACACAUUCAAAAUGCGUUCUUGGGACAAACCUGAGGCUUUAGGCAGCUUAACCACAACAGACACUUAUUAUUUAAAACCUGCAGCAAGUAGCACAUCCUCAAGACAGGAACUUUUAGACUCUCCAAGUGCCAGUUUGGGGGAGUUCAGUCAGUCUCUGGUAGAAAAUGAAACACUGGUGCCUUCCAUUACAGUGGUCACAGAAGAUGACACAAGCAACCAGCUGCCAGUUAGAAACAGUUCUUCCACCGGAGACCUUGGUCUGUUGCAAUCCUCAGACAGAGGUAUUGACUCUGGUUUUGAUUCUACCUCAGAGAGGUUUGAGAUUAUCAUUAGUCAAACUGAUGACCACUCCCCUGAAUUCUCUGAAAGUGCCACUACAGACUUAUUGUGCACAGAUGCCAAAAUUCCCAGCCUUGAAGACGACUUUGGAACCUCAAAGCAUAAUUUUCAGCCCACAGAAGGUAAAAUUCCUGAAAACCUGCAAGUCCAAGCAUUGCCCUCAGACGAUGGAAACAAUGAAGACCUAACAAGUAACGAUCUGUUGAGCGAACUAAUUGAGGAUGUAGAACUAGAAACCACUCUGUCUGACCAUGAAGAAUCCUUUAUGGAUACCAGUGGGGGUCCUCAUGACAGAUCUUCUCUGUUGGUCUCUGGGCCAUCUUUGGACCAGAUCAGCCAGGACAGUUUACUGGAAGACAGUAUGUCCACCACUCUACCAACUGUAGAUAAUUCAGCUGAGACGCCAGACUCUUUAGACUCUCUGGAUAUCCACAGGCUAGGUGAACAAGGAGAAGAACUAAGUGCUCAAAUAGCCCAACACAAACUCCAGCCUCCGUACAAAAUAUCAGACAGUGGGUAUGAGACAGAGAACCUGGAGUCUCCUGAGUGGAACUCUCAGCCUAAUGUCAAAGACCACUCCCCUGUCAAAAACGGCUUAAGUGUUGCCAAAGAAGAGGAGGAGACAGAAGAGCCCACAGCUGCGACCAAUCUGGUUCCACCAGAAAUCAUCAUCUCUGAAGUAGAGGGUGUGCUCGACGCACACAACGAGGAUCCCAGUGAGGUCCAACAACCAGAUCAAGUAGCCCCCGCCGAAGAGCCAAUCAUGGGCAGCAAUUACAGAGACUCCGCCUACUUCUCAGACAACGAAUCAGAACCUGAAAAGAAGGCUGAAGAAACAGUUGCGGGAGGUUCUAGUGAAGUCACGUGGCUGAGGAACUCUACCGACGUGGUCAGCGGGGCUGCUGGAAGUCCAACACUGGAGGCUAAUGUGGAGAGAGAUGUAGAUUCUUUACUUUCUCAGCGAGAGUCUUCUGUAGCUUCUGAAGUACCUGCAGAUGGAGAAACAGCCGAUCCUUGUAUUGGGAGCAUAUUAGCCAAGGCAGAUUUCACAGAGAAAUGUGAGAAGGAGGUGGCGGAGUCAACCAACGAUCACAAAGAAGAUGGAAACAAACCAGAGGUGUUAAAGGACGUAACGUCUCCUGAUCAGCCAGACCCAUCAGAAGAUCUGGAAACCUCAACCCCACUUCCUUCUGCUACCCCAUCAGAGCCAUCGCCAGAGAGCACAGGUCAUGCUAAACUAACCAGGACCUACGCGAGUGACGGUCAUAAAAUAAAAGAGCCGGACAUGGAGGGCCGUUACCUCGGGAGGCGGGAUGGCUCGGGUUUAGAUGGACAGGAGGAUGGCGUAGAUGCGGACGAGGAGGACGAGAACAGCGAUGAUUCCGACGAUGACAUCCGUGCAUACCAGCUACACAGCUCCAGCUCAGAGAGUGAGGAUGACGUUGUGCAUACGGUGCCAGUCAUUGUCUCAGACGACAGCAGUGCGAAGAACCUGAAGAGCUUGUUGAAACCCACCACGCUGAAUAUCGAGGCAUCAUCUUCCCCGUUUCCCCCAAGGAGCAAUGCAGAAAAUUCUAGGAGAGCUGUGUCUUUCUUCGACGAUGUCACAGUCUACCUUUUUGACCAGGAGACUCCUACUAAGGAACUGGGUGACCACUCUUCAGGCUCAAACAGUCAGGUACCAGAGUUCAGCAGCCCGAUGCCCACUGCCAGCUACCUGAACCGGUUCACCAACUCAGAAAGCUCCACAGAUGAAGAAGGUGGUGGUUUUGAGUGGGAUGAUGACUUCUCCUCCCCCACACCUGCCUUCCUGCCCAAGACGGAUAAAGAUCCCGUAUCAAAGGUUAUGUCCUCAUCUGCAGCAUCUCGCUUCUCCUCCCCACCCCCGGCAGUAGGGCGCGUGCUAGAGCCCAGCUGGACCAGUUCCUCAAACUACUCCCGUUUCUCCAUCUCACCGGCCAGCAUUGCCAGCUUCUCCCUCACACAUCUCACAGACUCUGACAUCGAACAAGGAGGAAGCAGCGAAGAUGGAGAAAAGGACUAGUAUGAUAAAUGGAGGGACCAUUUAUCAUCGCGCUAUUGAAAAAUGAACCUAUACUCGCACUUUUUGGGAAUGGAGGAACUGCUGAAUUAAGGACAGAUGACACGGUUUGUGGGGCAAACCGUGGAUGCUUCUCUCAGGCAGAACAAUUCUUUACCUACAUGGAGAUGGCCACAAGAACAACGGCUGCAAACUGACUUUCAGCAAAUAAGACAGACGAGGCCCAGUCCCGGUCUGUGCCACAUCACCUCUCCAGCUUACAUCAGUGUGUGAUUUCAGUUCAGUGCAAUUCCUCUUGGAUGAAAAAACAAAACAAAAAAAACAAAAAAAAAGAUGUUUCUAAAUGUUUGCUUUAAAGACUCAUCAAGCGCAUUCCAGGUGUUUGGCUGCUUCUUUUCGUUGUGUGUCGAAGUGCACUCCUUUUGCAGGACUUUUGCAUCACCCAAAAAAAAAAAAAGACUUCAACACACUGGGCUGGCAAAUGUAUCACUACAGCCAAAUAGGAAUAAGCUCUUUGAUUUCAGCAGACCUAAAACUGAAGAUUCAAGCUUUUCUUCUCAAACAUUGUUCAUUUUUUGCUCCUUCGUGUUGUGCGAUUAUUUCAGUGGUUGCCUUUUUUUUUUUUUUGGAAGAUUGAUUUCUUGGUUUUUUUGGUAACAUCUUGUUGGGUGUUAGUCACAGUCUCUUAAUUGGAGAGAAGCUAUGUGUGGUAUCCUCCUGUAGCAGCAAUUGAAUAAGAAGGGGUUGAUAUUUAGGAAGCGCCAUCCAUGCAUAGGAUGAUUGGAUAACUACCUUAACUGAAAAUCCCUCAUCUACAGAGUUGACACACUGUAUGUUCCUUUAUUUAUGUUUUAGAGGAACAUUUACACUAAGUAGUUUCAUAUUUUUGAGACAUCUCAGUGAGAAUGGUUGGUGUUAUUAGACAAGGAUUGUCAUAUUAAUCCUUACAGAGGUUAUCCAACUGAAAGACACGUGAGGAAAAACGUAUUCAUUUUGUAAUGCUUCAUUUUAUGCUCUGAAAAUGCGGAGGGAGUUGCUCGCGUAGUUUUGUCUCAAUUACUUGGUCACUGGGUUUUUAUCGCAGUGCCUGUGAUGCUGUAAAACAAACAGCCGCACUCCUCCAUUUACUAUCACUACAACAAUUAAAAAAUCACACGUUUCGUGAGAUUGUGUAAAAAGUUGGAGAUUUUUAUUUUUAAAUGUCGGAAUGAAGAAAUGUAAUGAGCUGUUUGUAAACAAAUGUGCAAUGAAUUUCAUUAAUUAGUUGAAAUUUGAGUUCAUAGGAAGACCUGGUGAACGUGACGACGUUUCUUCAGUAAUGUGCAGGGACUUGAAGCUUCACUACUAGAACAAAAAAAAAAACACUGCUGCUUUAUCAACUUCAGUGUCAUGAACAGAGUUUGUCUGCCUUUUUUUUUUUAAAUUUCACUUUGUGUCAAACUUAAUUAACCUGUUCAGAUGGCAUUUUUUUCCUUAAGGACCCCUUGUCCAGUUGCAAUUUUGAGCAUUUCAUUAUUGUAUCUCAUCAUUUGCGGGCCAUACAUCGUCUCUGUGGCUGUACAGCGUCGGUUGGGGAUGUUUCUGUGUGAAGCAUAAUGCAAACAGUCGUGGAGCGAGACAUGCUCCCUUCAAGGUUUCCAUGUACAGCUAUAAACAUGUUCUUUGAAACUGUAAGUUAUACAGUUGCUGUAUGGUUCGUUCUUUUUAAUGACUCAAACACCUAAUGGUUUUGUCACUUCACCUGUAGUAGAUUAAGACCAUCUUCCCCACCCCAUACAGAAGGCACUGUACAGUAUCUUAGACAAUGUUAACCUCUGUUUAAAAACCAGCAUCCUGUGCUUCAGUUAAACUUGAACAUUUAUUUAAGGAAAUCUUGUUUUAUUUGACUACAGUAUACAUUUGCUUAAUCUUGCACAUUUGAGAAAUGUAACUUAAUGUUGAACUGUACUGAUGUAUGUAAAUGUUAAUUUUUUCUGUCUGUAAAUGGGAAAUUAUGUAACUGAGUUAUAGGUAUGAGGUUUCAUUUUGUAACUUAAAGCUGAGUUGAUCAGAGGAACAUAUCACAGUCGUCGACUAAAAGCAGUUAAAUUAAGACACUAAAGCAGAUGUGAAAUCAUUCUGUCCUUUAAACUUGUAGAUUUUAAAAAAUAUUUUUACUUCAUAUUUAUCAUGCUUAGUGUAAUUGAAUGAAAUGUUUAUAAUUACACUGUUUAAUAUGAAAAUAAAUGCAAAUGAACUUCUAA